AUGGCGGGAGUAAAGUUUAAGCCCACGAAGAAGGAUAACCCAAAACCGAGGAUGGUGGUGGUGGAACACCGUAUGCGGCGAAGUGGGGUUUAUUUCGGUUGCCAUCGUAUGGGGCUGAGGAGGUGGCAUAUGGGGCGACAAUUGGGUCGUAGGGUGAAUGGCAUGAGGUGGUGGUGGGGCGGCGUUUGGUUGGCUUGGUGGUGGAGUGCCUUAAGGGGCGGAGAAGUAGGGUUGGGAUGGUGGGGCACCGUAAUCGUAGUCGUUGUAAACAAGUGA